UGGGUAUAGGUAAAGAUCAGCGGGGAAGGAUGUAUUUAACAUACGUAGGCCUAAUGCGCUGUUAGAGUUAACAUUAUGACAAAUGUAGAAUUAUAGUUGUAUAUGUAUAUAUAUGAGACCUAAGUGUAUUACACAGAAUCUUUCAGCCUACUUGUUCCGCCACAAAUCCGGUUUAACUUUUAGGAUUGGAUCGAUUAGUAUGCAGAGGGCAGUACCGACUCAGACACUUGAUUUUGGCACAUAUUUAUAUAUUGAAGUGCGUUCUUUUGACAACCAGACUAUAACUUAUCGAGAGGUAGUCGGAAGUGAAGAAGGGGCUGUGGCAGAGCGGAAACAUGUUGCUGCCAUAAUCAGAUCGCUGAUUGUCAUGAUAACAUUUCUGGAUCGGUGUUUUCUUCGUGCCAGUGAUUUCUAUUGAUUUUUGGGAAAAUCUAAAUUCAGCAUGCCCACUCUUGGGCAGCCAAGCUACAACUCUUCGAGAGUUCAGAGAGCUUACAGAAUCAACAACAUAGAAAAUACAAAAUUGUACGGUCGUUUGAAUAUUCUGGAUAAAGAAAAAAAGCGCCAGAUUCAAGUUACAAAUCAAGACAUCCGGCUUAUAUCGGUUACUUUGGACUAUAUAAACUCAUGUAGUGGACAAAGUCCAGAAGGCCUAGGUCCGGAGACAGAAGAAGAAUACGAAAAACCUGAAGGAGGACCAUGCUUUUUGUACGGCGAAAGAAUUGUUAGUCGCAAGAGACGACGAUUUCAACGUCCACAAUCAGCAGCAGAACGGUCACGCGUAAAACCUUUGGAUCUGUCUGAUCUUAGUGAAAAGUCAAGCGAAGUGUCAUCUUCUACACGUCCGCAAAGUAGUCCCGCCAAGUCACGUACGUUUAUAACGUCGUUAAGAGGAGAUGGUGACAUUGAUGACGUUACCAGUAAUCAUAGUGACGACAUUGAGUCCAUGACGUCAUGUAGUCGUGCAUCAAGCUCGAGGUCAAAUCGCACGUGGAUGACGGAUACAUCUGAUAUUACUAAAAAGUUGCUUCGUGCAAAUUUAAAUGCAGAACGGCAUCCCAUGGCCAGGAGAGAUAGCGUACGUCAACGUGAAAUGGGUAAAUUUAACAGUCAAAACGUGUUCGAUAAGAAAGCAAUGGCUCGCAAAAUGUAUUCUGCGCGUAAACCACCGUCAAGGGAUCCUAAUGACAAAAUGUUACCUACCUUCGCUAGUACUGCAAUAAACAAAAAUGCUGGUAUUAUGGAUAUUCUUAAUCAACAACGGCCAACUCUAUCGGCGAAUGAAUGGAAAUCCCACCUUUCUCACUCAAGGAAUCCCAUGACGAUUGCCGAUCAAAGGAAACAGGUGAUGGACAUUAAGCUGGGUAUAAACGAGGAUAGAAGGGACAGGAUAAACAAUAAAGUGAAGACCUUCAUUAGCGAUUCGUAAUGGUGCUGAGUGUCUUUGUAAUGUUCUAUAGAAAACUUUUGCCACAAUUGCCAUAAAGAGUGUGCUCAAACGCAAUAAAUCUCAUCUUUCUGUAAUCUUGUUUCGCAAAUUGUUUACGUCACUUUAGAGGCUAUCUCCGUCAUAUAUUAUGUGAAUAUUGUUUUUAUUUGUAUUCAACCAUGUCCAUUGGCGGAACAAUUCUUCUGUAUAGUUAUAUCUUAUUUUUCAUGAUUGACGAUGGGCUGUCCGUGUAGAAUCAUUAAAUCAUUGGUAUAUU